AUGGAUAGUAUAAUAUCACCGGAAGGGUGUGGUGUGGGCCGCGAGUCAGUGCUGAUGAACGGCCAGUGUUUCCGCUGGUAUGCAAACUAUACACAACAACAGGACAUACAGUUUGGACGAUCGGCCAAACCGGGAGAAGUGCCUGUGGACCAGUUGUACGCACAUCCAGACUAUAUCAGUGGUGAGGAAACUAAAUCUGAUAUCGGAUUAAUUAAAUUGAAACAAUGGAAACCACUUCCGACUAAACCAAAUACAAUCAAUCUUAUGAAUGCAAUUUGUUUGCCCACUAAUAGUAGUAUUAAAAGUAGUAGUAGUGGUAGAUAUACACCGUCUAGUGAUAGAUAUAAACCGUCUGAAAAUCUUAAUCAGUUGGCACUGGUAGCUGGUUUCGGUGAUUAUGAUAAUGACGGACCUACUGUUGAUCUGUUACAUAUGGGUUGGGUAUAUCUAGUAUACAAUAAUGAUGAAUUAAACUAUUAUAUAAGACGUUAUCCCAAAUAUAAUGGUACAUCAAUAUGUAGUGGUGAUUCUGGUGGUCCAUUGUAUCAGUAUAUUAACGGUAGGGCAGUGCUCAUUGGUAUAGCUCAAGGCACUCAUAAAACUCAUACCUCGUGUUUGAAUACAAAUGAUUACAAUAAACUAAUAUUAUUUGUACGCAUUUUACCGCAUUUGGAUUGGAUUACAAACAUUGUAUCUAAUAAUUAG